GGAUGAAGUGCUUGGCACUCAGGCAAGUAUAAGGUCCCUAGAACCUGUGCAGUGAUGUGCGUGUGAGUGUGUGUGCAGGGAUGUGCAUGUGAGUGUGUGUGCAGGGAUGUGCGUGUGAGUGUGUGUGCAGUGAUGUGCUUGUGAGUGUGUGUGCAGGGAUGUGCGUGUGAGUGUGUGUGCAGGGAUGUGUGUGUGCAGUGAUGUGUGUGUGAGUGUGUGUGCAGGGAUGUGCGUGUGAGUGUGUGUGCAGGGAUGUGCGUGUGAGUGUGUGUGCAGGGAUGUGCGUGUGAGUGUGUGUGCAGGGAUGUGCGUGUGAGUGUGUGUGCAGUGAUGUGCGUGUGAGUGUGUGUGCAGGGAUGUGUGUGUGUGUGAGUGUGUGUGCAGGGAUGUGCGUGUGAGUGUGUGUGCAGUGAUGUGCGUGUGAGUGUGUGUGCAGGGAUGUGUGUGUGAAUGUGUGUGCAGUGAUGUGCGUGUGAAUGUGUGUAGCCAGAAGUUGAGGUCCAGUGUCUUUCUCCACUGCAUAAGCGUAAGAACCUGUGCAAACGCUGGGCAGGCCUGACAGCCACCUGGGACCCCAACAGCCCAGAGGUGGAGACAGAUCCCACCCGCUGGCUAGACCAGGUGACCUGGUGAGCUCUGGGCUUGAAAGACUCGCCUCCACGUGUGAGGUCGACAGUGGUGGAGGAGGGCACUGGACGUCAACUUCUGGCCUACACAAAUUCACACACUCAUCACUGCACACACAUCACUGCACACACACAUACAUAUCACUGCACACACUCUCACACACACACAUCACUGCAUACACUCUCACACACACAUCACUGCACACACAUCACUGCACACACAUCAUUGCACACACACUCACAUACACAUAUCACUGCACACACUCUCACACACACAUAUAUCACUGCACACACUCACACACAUCACUGCACACACACAUAUAUCACUUUACACACACUCACAUACAUAUUCUCACUCACACACACAUACAACCAUUGUACAUGCACUCACAUGCAUUCACUCUCAUGAUCACACACACAUUAUACACACAUCACAUACUCUCACACAUACACCACUGCACACAUACUCACAUGCUUUCACUCUCAUAUGUUCAUACACACAUCACACACAUACUCUCUUACACACACAUAUGCAUGCACUCUCACACUCACACACACACAAAGGUGGAAGACAGACUGCAGCAGUGAAGAACUCUUGCAGAGAAUGAGAGCUCAGGCCCCAGCACUCACAUGGUGGCCCACAACUGUCUGUAAUUCCAGUUCCAGUGAGACCAAUGUCUUUUUCUGGCCCUCUUGGGUACCUUCAUUCAUAUGCAUGCACACACGAACACACACACAAAUAAAAAUAAGUUAAACAUUAAGAAAGAAAGAAAUCAGUCGGGCAUGGUGGUGCAUGCCUUUAAUCCCAGUAAUCGGGAGACAGAGGCAGCAGAUCUCUGAGUUUGGUGUCAGCCUGGUCUAUAGAGAGAGUUCCAGGACAGCCAGGGCUACACAGAGAAACCCUGUCUCAAACAAACAAAACCAUCAAAUCAUCCCCUCCAAGAACUGUCCACAUCGAGGCAGCGAGGGAAAGCAGAGAGAGGGCUCGAUAGGGAGCAAGCUCCUUCAGGGCUGAGUGUGGCCAAGCAGCGGAUGUUCUUGCAGGUUCUGGACACAGGAGAGCAGCUGAUGGUCCCUGUGGAUGUCUUGGAAGAGGAAAACAAAGGAGCCCUGUGGAAGUUUCUGCUCUCAGGAGCCAUGGCUGGGGCAGUGUCUCGCACAGGGACAGCCCCUCUGGACCGAGCCAGAGUAUACAUGCAGGUGUACUCUUCCAAGAGUAACUUCAGGCACCUGCUGAGUGGCCUGCAGAGCCUGGUCCAGGAGGGAGGUGUCCGCUCACUCUGGCGGGGCAAUGGCAUCAACGUGCUCAAGAUCGCCCCGGAAUACGCCAUCAAGUUCUCCGUGUUUGAGCAGUGUAAGAAUUUCUUCUGCGGUGUGCAGGGCUCCCCGCCCUUCCAGGAGCGGGUGCUCUCGGGCUCCCUGGCUGUCGCCAUCUCCCAAACUCUCAUCAACCCCAUGGAGGUACUCAAGACUCGGCUGACCCUUCGCUUUACCGGACAGUAUAAAGGACUUCUGGACUGUGCCAGGCAGAUCUUAGAACGGGAUGGCACCCGAGCCCUGUACCGAGGCUAUCUGCCCAAUAUGCUGGGUAUCAUACCCUAUGCUUGCACUGACCUGGCUGUCUAUGAGCUACUCCGGUGUCUGUGGCAGAAGUCGGGCAGGGACAUGACGGACCCCAGUGGCCUGGUCAGCUUGUCAUCUGUAACACUGUCCACAACCUGUGGCCAGAUGGCCAGUUACCCACUGACUUUGGUGCGCACACGGAUGCAGGCACAAGGUCAGCCUGGCCCCUUCCCUACCUCAUACUGGCUUUCUGAAUUUUCUCAUCUUUCCCCACUAGCUUCCAGCCACUCCAUAAACCCAUCUGCAACACUUUUUGUUUGUUUGUUUGUUUGUUUUGGUUUUUCCAGACAGGGUUUCUCUGUGUUGUUUUGGUGGGUGUCCUGGAUCUCGCUCUGUAGACCAGGCUGGCCUCAAACUCACAGAGAUCCACCUGGCUCUGCCUCCCGAGUGCUAGGAUUAAAGGCAUGUGCCACCAAUGCUAAGUCCUGAACCCACCAAAAUUUAUGCUUACUCCCCAAUCUCAUCCCAGCCCUCAAAUUAACAGUCAACCCAUCACUUGGGAGGUGGAGGCAGAAAGAUCAGAAAUUCUUUGGUGACAUAUUGAGUUUGAGGCUAGCCUCAGCUACCUUGUGGCUGGGGCUGUAGCUCAGCCUAGUAUGUACUGUGUGCCUAUCCAUGAAGCCAGGGGCUCAGUCCCCAGCACCAUGUAAACUUGUGUGGUAGUGCUGUAAUUCCAGCAAGAGGCAGAGUCAAGAGGAUCAGGUGUUCAAAGCUAGCCUUAGCUACAUAUGGAAUUCUAGGCCAGCCUGCACUACAUAAGACCGUCUCAAAAUACAUAUAUGGCAAUAACCGAAUGAUCUCUACAAACGCCCCCCAAAUGAGAUCCAGAUCCUCCACACUGACCACAGUGACAUCUCACAUCAGACCCAGUGAACUUCUCUUUGUCUAU